UGCUGCGUCGUUUAGACGAGCUUGGCCAUAUUACGAAGCUAUGUUGUUUUUGAAAGACACGGUCACGCCCAGACAGACAACAACAAACAUCGUCUCCCAAACGCCAGAAGUUCUCGGACAAGAACCAGAUAUACUGGAUACUUCCUUUGGAUUCCAAAUAGGCGAGAGUGGGAACAUUAUAAUAGAAGAGCAAGAAACCACUGCCCCAACGCCGGCUAAGAGACAAAAGAAAAAAAACGAUGAGAACGCCGCCUUUAACGAUCUAGUCAACGAAGUAAGUCAGUUUGUGGAUAGUCAAAAAAAAACACACAACAAUAUCUUGGGUGCGAUUGGCGAAGUGUUUGAGAAGGUGCCAGAAGAGAGCCGCCUAGAUUUUCAAAUGGACGUACUUCAAUACGUCUAUGCUCAAUAUAAAAAUUAUAAAAAUUGA